CUGGCCAGAAGCUAAAUUGCGAAAACUGAAAAAAAAAAACAGUUGAUCUCUCGCAAGCAACUGACAGCAGAUCCUGAUUCUGUCAAGUAAAAAAUUUUCUUCUUAAUGUCGACCGUCAAACUUCUCUUUCUCUUCACAUUCGUCUCUUCAUUGGUUUUGGGAUUUGGAGAUGGGAAUUCAGGGAAGUACCCAGUUGUGGUGAGUACGUGGCCUUUUGUAGAAGCUGUGAGAGCUGCUUGGAGGGCCGUUGAUGCUGGCUUUUCAGCCGUUGACGCCGUUGUUGAGGGUUGCUCUGCUUGUGAAGAUUUGAGGUGUGAUGGCACCGUGGGUCCUGGUGGAAGUCCAGAUGAGAAUGGAGAAACUACAAUUGAUGCCCUGAUAAUGAAUGGGGUGACAAUGGAGGUUGGAGCUGUAGCUGCCAUGAGCUAUGUGAAAGAUGGCAUUAGAGCUGCGAGAUUAGUGAUGGAACAUACUAAGCACACUCUCCUUGUUGGGGAGAAGGCAUCAGCGUUUGCUAUUGCAAUGGGUCUCCCAGGACCCUCAAACCUUGGCUCCACGGAGUCUCUUGAGAAGUGGAAUAAAUGGAAAGAGAAUGGUUGCCAGCCUAAUUUUUGGAAAAAUGUUGUGCCUUUAAAUGGUUGUGGUCCAUAUCAUCCGAAGAGUGAAAAAGGUUUCAGUGAGGGGGGUUAUUCUGAAGCCAAUUUGAUGGGAGUUAUUGAACCAAGGUCAUCUCAUUUUGGUCUUCACAGCCAUGACACUAUUUCAAUGGCUGUCAUUGAUAAAAUGGGACAUAUUGCUGUUGGCACAUCAACUAAUGGAGCUACCUUUAAGAUCCCUGGCAGGGUGGGUGACGGUCCAAUUGCUGGAUCUUCAUCAUAUGCCGAUGAUGAGAUUGGUGCUUGCGGGGCAACUGGGGAUGGUGACAUCAUGAUGCGCUUCCUUCCCUGUUAUCAAGUUGUAGAAAGCAUGAGAUUAGGAAUGGAACCAAAGCUUGCUGCAAAGGAUGCCAUUUCUCGAAUUGCAAGAAAAUUUCCAGAUUUUAUUGGGGCAGUUGUUGCUGUAAAUAAGAACGGAAUACAUGCUGGUGCUUGCCAUGGAUGGACAUUUCAAUAUUCAGUGAGAACCAUGGAAAUGGACAACGUGGAGGUUUUCACUGUGUUACCCUGAAUUAUCCCUGUGUGUUUCAGAGUAAGCACUAUACAAUUUUGAACUGAUUUUAGUACCCUACUAAAGAUUUGUUGUGUUUUUCUGGUGACCUCUGAAGAAAACUGUGAGUACCCUUUCAUACUUCUUGAUAAACAAGAGGCAUUGGAUUGUAUAUUCUGCCCUCUACACAUGCCUAUUGUUGAAUAUCAGACAUGGACUUGCCCAUUGUUAUCGGUAUAUAUUUGGCAUAAAAUGGAAGACAUUGUGUUCUAACAUAGAUUUCAUGUCACUUGGAAUGAAAAAUCUGCACGCAAAGCAUCUUGUUUUGGUC